AAGCCGGUCCAAAGCCGCUCCAAUCGCUUUCUUUUUAGCUUUCGCUGCCGAGUUCCUUUGCCUGUGUUAUCGUUUCUCAGCAGGGCGAAGGAAUGUCCCAAAUAAGGGGACGACGAUGCGUGCAAUGAGCAACGUCCGUCGAGGUCGAGUUAAGCUUGUUUAUCGUGUGCCUUACUGGACAGCGUCGUGACAGCGUUCAACAGCAAAGCUAAUGCGGCUCGAAGAUCUUCUCAGACGACGACGAUGAGUAAGCGGUCGGAACGACUGUCCGCGGAACGGCCGACGGUCGAGGGCUCGGAAAGAGCCAGCCGAUCGCCGGCUGACGGCGACUUGGACCCGGACGCUGACGAACUCGAGCGAUUGCGCUGCUCGAGCGUGCAAACGGAGCAAGUGAUCGCCGAGCGCAACCGACGCAAUGCUCGGCAGCCCAGCGCCGGUUACCCGGGGUUGGCGUUCGGCGGCUCGGUGUUCUCGUCCAGCACACUGAUGCGCUUCAGGUUGAUUGCCAACGAGCUACACAACAUUACCAACGUGCAGCUUAAGCGUGCCGAGGGCGAAGUGUCGGCGCUGCGCAACCGCAUCAACGCGCUCGGGGAGAACUUGGGCCGCGAGGAGACUGAACUUCGCCAGGCGAGCCAGGAGGUGUCACUCGUCAGAAUGGAGAGUCAACAGGAGGAAGGCGACGGCAAAGAGGACGGUGAGAUGUCGCUGCUCGACACGCAGCUGAUCGAGUCUAAACUCAGGUACGAGGCUGUUGCCCGGCAAAUCGCGCUUCUCGACGCCGAGUUCGAACCGACCAAGGCAGCUUCGCCGUGUGGUGCCGAAAACGACUCAAGCUCAGUGGCGUCGACGUCUGACGCCGCCGCACCUGUUUGACUAUUGCUGUGUUUCGCACCUGACACUGUCAAUUGAGUGGAAAUGUGAGUAUGAUCUUGUUGUGUGUCGCAGUAGAGAGCUUUCAGCGCCUCUGUGGUCAGUGAAGUCAGGUGAGGCUGUCGCGAAAUUGAAUGUGAUUUGUAACGAAGCUUGCGCUAGUUGGUGUUUCGGUGGUUUGAAAGAAAGCAGGUCGGAAAUGGCCCAAACUAGCGUUGCUAUCCGCCUACAGGUGACUCAGUGUUUCAUCUUCUGUACGACUUCCGCAGCAUCAUACUUGUUAAUUUCUUACCUUCGCUCAAACCUAGUGUGCCUUUUAGUUGUCAAGCUCCUGUAGUGUCAAUAUUGUUGUUGACGGGCUCCCAGCAAUUCUAUAAUUGUUGGAAGACUGCUGCUGCAGAAUGUCACUUGCGGUGACAAUGCAGUGAAGUAGCUGAGGCAUACGUACUUGGGCACACAGCCAAUGUCAGCAAUGAAGCAACAUUCUACCAUCACAAGAAAUAAAAAAAAAAUGUAUAUAUAUAUGUAUGUAUUCAGAAACCUUAUUAUGAAUGUGACAGCAAUUGCUGACAUUUAAAAAAAAUUGUGAAGCAAUAAUGCAUUGCAGCUAUAGAGGCAUAUUUACGUGCAAUCGGAGAUGGUAGUAAAGGGGCAUAAAAUUGUCCUGUCCAGAUAAUAAAACAUGACUUGCUUGGUUUUUGAAUAUAUAUGUCAACCCCAUCCCUUGAAAAAUCAACCUUCAGAUGUAUUGUUAAACAGUACUGGCUACAUUGUUGCAAUAUUGAGCAGAACUGAAACUUUUUAUAUUUCUGGUAGAAAAGCCACCACAUGUCCAAGACUAAUGCUUAUAUAAGUGCAGAGUGUUGCCACCAAUACCGCACUGGUAGUGACAUGGUUGAGCGUAAAGCAUGAAGAAUGUGUCACUGAUAGAAAUGUUCUAUAUAUUUAUUGUGCUGAAAAGUAAUAUUUUGAAUUACAUUUUUAUCUUGGUGACUAUUGCAACUGCACUGGGGCCAGCCAGGAUGCUUGCAUGGUGACAUCUGUGGUGACAUAUGUUGAAUUGUGAGAAGUCUCAGCCAGUGUUCAUCUGUGCUUGAAGGCACGCCAAUAGGUAUGAGUCUCAAAGCAUACUGUGCCCCUUUUGGCUGUUGCUUUAUAACACAGCAGUAUAGCAUUUUCUCUGUGCUUUUAGUCACAAUCUCUGUGUGAUAAGUGCACAUGCAGAUACUGCAAAACAAGCACCCAAACUCAGCCAUCCGUUUGUGAUAACGUCUAGUGCUUCCUCUGGCUAUCUGUGGCACAAACACUUCAAAGCCCGUCUUUAGAAAAGAUCUAUCUAGUGCCUAAAUUAAGUUGUGGCAGCUUUAGAUUACAGUACUGCCCUAAGCCACAUGAUCUUUGUCAUGUGGGGAGUGUUUUCCUUGUAGUGUUCUACAGGGGAGAAAUCUCCUUUGAUAGGUUUGAGGGUAAAGUCCAUUUUCAUGAUGUAUUCUUUCUUAGAUAUCCACUCUUGCAGUUCUUUACACGUGUCCUCUGCUGACUGCAAGCAGCUGCGUUAAACCAUGCCUUAAAUGCAGCUUUAGGUGCCCAAUUUUUGUGAAAAAGCCUUUUUAAAAAAACCUGAGUGCCUUUCAGGCGCACUCCUCAUGGAGUGGUGACCUGUACAGUGACUUGCACUUUUUUUUCUAGCACCUUUAUUAGAAAACCUUGUGCUUACAGUUGCUCUGUCUAGGCUCAAAUUUGGCAACAAAUGGCACUUUUAGGCCAGCAUCAUUCAGUAAGACAUUUUGCACCUUGAAUGUCUAGUUCAUCAGCAAAUAAAAAAGAAGCCUACCGUUAUAUGUGCACUUCAUGAUUGGAGACUAAAGCUGCUACUGAGACGACUGGUUAUGGCCACCUGCCAGCAACUAAAUGUUUCGGCAAACGAGGCAAACCAUGAUUUCAAGUGUUCACUUGAGCGAUGUAGACAAAAAAAUGCAAUUUUGUUGUAAUAUUUACUGACAAAGUAUAUUGGCGAGAACUUCAGUAUACAGAGCAGGCAAUGUGCAUAAAAUUUUAUUUUUAAAUUGAUAGAAUAAAUGCAGGAAAGUGUAAAUACUUGGAGUGCCAUUUGUGGUAGUGAAAGUUAUGACUUUUUGAACAAUUAAUAACUGAACACACCAGAACACUCCCGAGCUCAAUUAUGUGUCCUGGUUUUACAUCAUAACUACCAUUGCAGUGCUGCCUGCAUGUAUUGUGUUUGCUGUUGUUAAGCAAGUGGCAGCUGUGUUACUAGCAGGCACAUGUUUUGCUAACCACGAGUGUCGACUUGUCCUAGUCCUGAGCACCACAUGUAGUGAUCUGUAUCUCUUGCUGCGGUGCAUGAGGUCAGCUGUUCGAUCCCUGGCCACAUAACUGGUCAAGAUGACAAAAUUUAGGCAAGCCUGCGUAGUGAGAAUUCAGCACACUUUUGACUUCUUAUGGGUUAAAUUUUAUUAUAGCCAUUUAAUAAAGCAUCCACCAUUGUCACGCUGUGGCUUUGGCAUAUAAAAUGCACUAUUUUAAACACAAUUACUUAUGGGGCUUUUUCAAGUAGGUUGAAUGGUGCAGUAAACUCUUUGGUGAAAGAUUAUCCAAUUACUAAAGAAUGGGUGCUAACCUUGCUAUUUCUUUUUCUUCUUUUCAUCUGAUGCUGUUCUAAAGAAAAGAGAAGAAACUGAGUGGUACUGAAGUUGGUUUCAUUUCUAUGGGAAAAUCAAGGGCGCAGGGUAGAGUUUAGGUGAGGGUCUUGCUUUAAUUGAAAACUUUGAUCAAGUAAGCAGGAGAUGCUUCAGUGACUCUUCGUGGCUGUACAUUUUGACUAUCGGUGGCAGGAGGCGAGUUUUUUCCGGCCUGUCAUUUGAGGAAGCUUUGAAAUAUUCUAGUGUAAGUGUAUUGUGUGUUUUAUGUACACCGUAAUGUGCCUAAAUGAUACUGUGCCUUGGUGAACAUUGUUACUACUACUGGGGGGUAUUCUAUAAAUGUCCACUUAGCGUACAUGUUCAUUUUGGCUGCUGUUGAAGUGCUGAUUGGCUGGGCUAGGGUUCCAGGGAGAAGGAAACAGGCACCCACAGUGAGUUUUCUUGUCAUGGGCUCAGCUCUGGCCAGUCAGUGGCAGCUGAAAUGGACAGUUCACUAGGUGGACAUUUACAGGAUACCCCAUCACUCCUCUGUUAUCACACUGUAUACAUGCAAAUCUGCUCAAUGGAAUGAGUCUCUAAUGAUGAUGAAUCUACCUACAUAUAGAGCUGCUGACAGAAUUUUUAGAACAUGGAAACCAGAAAAAAUAUAUGACAUCAUGCAGACACUGCAUGAGAGGACUGACUGAAUAUGUGUGCAACUUAUACAGUGCACCACUCAAUUCUGGAUAUGAAUUUGUGCCUUAAGUAAACCAAUAUUAAAGUGACCUAUUGUAGUAACCUGUGGAGAUGUAUUUGCCACAUCAAUGCUGUGCUUUGCCAAAUGAGCGACUUUAAUCUAUAUCUUGAGCACAAAAGACCUAUAUUGAGGUUUUUGUUAUUCACAUUAGUGAAAAUUGGCUAAAAGAAGCUCGCUGAUGAAUAAAUCCUUCAUCACUGCAGCAAAUCCUCGUUUUUUUCUUGCACUUUGUUUAGAAAUAUUUUGUCAGAUAGUAUCAAAUAAACUUCAGCAACAGCGAUUGUACACGAUAGCAGUUAUAAAGCAGGCUGCUACAUAAUAGGUUUAUGGCCAGUUCACUGCGUAUGCUGUGCCAGUAUGUGCCUUUGCUCAAGCUGAAGCCACCCAGCUCUCUGUUGUCAUGGUCAUAAACCAAGCCUAAACUAUGUGUCUUAGCACUGGUUGAGCUGUCUACAAAUGAGGCCCGCCAGUGAUGUUCAGAAAGUUCACACACCACUGCAGAUGUUUGUGGUAGCUAAUGUAAUAUUGCACUAGCAGUUACUAUCACUGCCUCGCACUUGAGGUGAAAUUGAUCGUUUUAUUUCCUUGACUUCUAUGUUCUAAUAACUUCUGUGAGCAGCUGUGUUAUGCCCAAGAGACGCAAGUUGGCUGACUGAUUUCUUUGUUUACUUAACAUAUUCUAUUUCUCACAUAGAAUUUGGGAAGUUAUGGUCCUUGUAAGCUUUGCAAGAAAUCUAUUGCAGCAACAACUUGGUGCCUUCAUACAUGUGUAAAAGUAUCGCUGAAGUUAUAAAAUUAUGCCCAUAGUUUUACUAAACUUAACUUUUUUUGGGCAUGGAACUGGCUUUUUUUUAUGUCAUGUGUUGUGAAACUAUUUUUCCAGUCAUGGUAUAUGUACCAAAGACCGUGGCUUAUAUAAGCUGUAAGCAUUGUAGAUUUAUAAAGCUGCUACAUUAAUUUAGUGCAUUGAUGGUGCAGUCAUGAGACUUUACAUAUUGCAAUUUUUAAGGAAUUUAUAGAGCAGCCAUUAAAUCUCUAUAUCUUUAGAAUAGCACUGGCAUUUCCUGGUUAGUGCCACAGAUUUCAGGUCCUUUCUUAGUACUGCCAACUGUUGAUGGUAUUUUUCCUGGCAGGCAGCUAUCAAAUGGUUCUAAGAUUGCAGCUCAUUAUUUCACCGAUAGUGCUUUCUUGGUACUUGUAUCGUUACUGUGUCAUGCAACCAUUGUUGUUUUGUAUUCUGUAAAUUUCAGUGGUAGCGUGGGCUCACUCUUUAUAUGUUAGUUUCAUAGUGAUAAAGUUGUGUUGGCUCUAACCACCACCUUAAAGAGACACUCAAGGCAGAAAUGUCAAGAUUGAUUGCUAUAUUUUCAGAAACAGCAAACAUGUUGGUUUUACCAAGAGCAGAGGUUUGGUAAGCAAAGAAACCGUGAAAAUGAACAACAAAUGCUAGGGCUAAUUUUAAAUUCCUGAAGCAGCAUUGUGUGACACAAGAAACCUUGGCAGCAACUGACAGAUGCUAGUUAAGUCUAUACUUUGAAUAUGUUUUAAAACAUGUACCGGAAACCUUGUGGGAGGGGGGGGCUUUUAUUUUUUCCAUCUUGCAACAAUGCAGGUUCAAUAUUGCAAGAAUAUUGUGAGGUCUUGCACACCAUGCAGUGUGAACCAUGCAUCAUAAUUUUGGCCAUCAUACUGUGAUUUUACUAUGCUGACAAACAAACUAAUGAUUGGUCAUGCCUGAUUUAGAUUUUCCUUUAGUGUCCUUUUAGUGUGAUGGAGUAAUGUGCUUAUAGUUUUAUAUAAAGUCACUGAAGGAAAAUUAUUAGAUGGGAAAUACUAGUUCUCAUGGGUAGUCUACUGGUAUAUAUAUAUAUACUCACAGCUCCAGCAUGGAAGUUCAACCACCGUGGAAAUGAUAAAGGGUGCUUGGCUUUGAGCAUCCUUGCGGCAUUGUGUAUUAACUUUAAUGAGACAGUCUGGCAGGUAUGACGAUUACUGUUCAGUUCGUUGCAAACUACCUGUGGCAAAUGUUCCUUUCGAAGACAAGGUCUUUGUUGGAGACUUCAGAUUGAUUUGGGGUUUGUGGGAACUAUGUAUCUGACUGCUUUUGUCUCGUCAAGUUAAAAAAUUUGAGGCCUUCUAGUGCACAUAGAACAAUGACAACAACAACAACCACCACUACAAAACACGCCAAAAUGAAGCUUGGGACGAAAUAGAUGCAGCAGGUUAGCGUGACUUAUGUGCGGAGCAGUAAUAAUGUUUAUUUAGCGCAAAAGGGCCAAAAUUAAACGCGGAUGUGCUCGUCCAAACUCGACGUGCCUAAAUACGGAAAUUGAAGUGUGAGUUUACCUAACGAAAAAUAUGGGCCGAUUCCAAAUGUCGUACAGCCAAAAAUGUGGGAUGAUCCCGAAGAUAGUACAGUCUAAACAACAAACCACCUGAUGCACUAAUGCAUAAGUGGAAUAUGAACCAAAUGUUAAAAAAUGUUGCAUUAUAGUAUUGAACAGAAUGUCUAAUAUACAUUUUUGCACCGUGUUUUAAAAUGAGGCAAGGAUGAAAAGGAACAAAAGGCUGAAAAAUGAAAUUUUAUGUCUCAAUACUCGCAACGUAAUUUGCAAGAGGGCACGAGCCAUGUUCUGAGGCAACAACAGUUGGCAAGUCACUUCACCUGGGAGCCAAUCUGUAUGCAAAAAUUCAGAUUGCUCGCAAUUUAUGUUAAUAUCACCAUGACACUAAUAUAAGAAAAGCCGUGACACAUAGCCAUGUGUACAUUAAGUAUAGGUUGAUUUUAUAGUUAUCUAGUCUUGAAAGUGAUAGUUUUUGUCUUAGAACUACAACAUCAUACGUUGUUAGUGAGCCGAAUAUGGUUAGCUUGACCAAGAGACACAAACUGUUCAGCCGAGAUAAUAAAUCUGGAUGCAUUGUUGAGAUGACUCUCAGAAUACCUGUACGAAUAUUUGCCCUUAACAUAGACCUCGUAUUGAACAAAAAGAGAGGGAGAAAGAGAGAGAAAGAGAAUACGAGAAUUAGCGGAGUAUCUGAAGUUUUUAGCCAACACAGGCAGAAUUACUUUUACCAACUAGCAUGCUCCAAAGUAGUAGCCCUGACUAUCUGGCUAUAGCCAAAUAUGUGAAGGAAUCGCAUAUCAAGCUUCGAUUCGAAACGAUACUAUUCUAUUUUAUUCAAAGUUAGCCCAACCCAAGCAUGACAGGUCGCAACCACAUUCAUAGUCCUGAGUUUAAAGCCCAGUGGUGGCAGUGUGCAAAAAAUACUCCCUGUUCUAGUUUCAAACCUGACUCACAGGAUUCUCUCUCUCUCUUUUCGGUGCUACUUAUAGGAACAGGAACACACCACGAGAAACAAACAGACAGCAGUGUCAAUGUGACAUAGUCGUGCGAACAUAGUCGAACAUAGUUGUUAUUCUGCAAGAGAUUCGAAACUUGAUGUAAAACAGUACCCCUGUCGGGUUGGCAGAUUUAGCGUUACUUCAAGUGCAAUUUAGCGUAAUUUUUACUCUACAUUACUGUCAUUCGCGGUCGAUGAGUUGGGGAAUUCUUAAUAAGACUAGCGGAAAUUGCCGUUAACGGCCGAAUGUUAGUUGUGAAUGAUCAUUUUAAUACUAAUUCACAAUUAUUGUUACAGCUUAUUCUUAAAUAUCAACAAAGCUAAACCAUCCUUUUCACUCCCUCAUCCAUCGUCAAAGUGCAGAGGUUCGAUCAAGUUGGAAAAAAAAAAGAACGUCGUAUGGAUUGAAGCUUUUGUUUGCAAAUUGCCUCUCUGAAUUUUGGACAUCAUCUCUCUUCUGCUGCUGACCAUGUCAGUGAAGUCGCGGUAUUUCUCUCUGCCUAGCACAGGAUAACUUCUAAAAUGAAGAAAAAAAAAUAUUGGACAGCAAUCUGGGUGUGAAAUUUCCUAAGAGAGUAGUGAACUUUCCUAGUGUUUUAUUUUGUUCCUAAACGUCGUCGCUAUUAGCUUCGAGCCCUCCACGGAGGAUCAUGCAGCCCAUACAUGGCGUUCUGCUGUUGAGCAUGAGGAUGCGGGUAGGGUCCCGGUCAUGGCGGCCGCAUUUCGAUAGGGGCACAAUGCAGUAACGUUUGUGUGCUUCAAUUUAGGAGCACGUCAAAGACCCGUAGGUAGCAAGCAAGGUCCAUGUUGCUUUUGCGCUGUUACCAAAAUUACGAUGAAUCCCAGGUGGUCAAAAUUAACGCGGAACCCUCAACUAACAGCGACCUUCGCAGCCCACCGCGCAGUUUUGGGACGUUAAACCCCACAAUUUUAUUACUUCGAAAUGCACUUAGCAUCACCGUGUAGCUCUGUUCCUACAAAACGACAAUGGAAUGAGGCACACUGGUGGUUGAAAGUGUUGCUACGUUAGCAGUACAACAAGAGUAUGGCCGCGUUACUGUCAUUUGCCGGUCCUAACAAAGGUAUUACUGUAGUUCCUCGAAUCUAAGCACUCCGCUAGUUGUAUCUUCAUGAGAGAAAAAGAAGUGUUAAUGCUGUUUUAUUCGCUUCGUAUCUAAGUGCGCUUUCUCACUUUGGUCCAUUAUCAUGACAUGAGCACGGAAAAGACAAACCAUUAAAGAGGGACACUCAAUCGAAAAUCAAGUUGAGCUGUAUUAGUAAAUCACUUUUCUACAAUACCAUAACAGCCACUCUCGCCUUGAUAGGAGGCGUGAUAAGCCACUAAAGACGCAAAACCUAAGGACGGGGGGGUAACGCCGCCUUGAAUUUCCCACGCCAGCUGAGUGUGACGUGCAUUUUGAGGGUGCCUACUUCCUUCCCUUUACCCACUCCCCCAUAUAGGCCUGGAACCAUCAUUUAAGUAUACCAUUUCUCUGCUUGGGCAUAGUAUUAAGUUUUUGUUCAUCGGUAAAGAUGGACUACAUUGUAUUACAAAGGAGCCAAAGACUGAACUUCGGUUACACUUACAGCGCCACAAUGGUCGAUAAACAAAAUAUUAAGUACAUGACGUCAUGCUGACAUACCGGCAUUGAAGUUGGGCCUUCAUUUUAUCUUUUAGUAAUCAACUUCCUACAGCAACAUUAACGAAACGGACUAUUUUAAUGAUAGUUUUAUCUACCAAAACUGAUUUAUUGUUUCUCCUUAAAUUCGAAUAAAUGCGGUACCUUUACGCACGGGGCUGCUUUACGUCAUUCGAACGGUGGUUGAACGAUCGCAGUGCCGGACAGCUCUGUGGUAUCACGUUCUGUAAAACUCUGUGCCGCCGUGUUGCUUUAGGCGCAUGACGCACGUUGUGCCGAGUUGUGACAUCGAUUGUUUAGACACGUUAUCGGGCAGAAAUUGUGUGCAUUCGCGUGAAGAUGGCAAGAAAAACGAAAGACCGGUGUUGCGUAGCCUCCUUACUUGUGUCGAGACGCCGAAGUAGCGGCUUGCCACUUUCGCUCGUGACGAAUUGUUCCGCCGGGCGGCGGAGAACACGUGUCGCACAGAACAAAGGGUGGCUUCGUGGCCGGUGCUCUCGCACAAAUGCAUUGUUGUGUACUUCCUCGGGCCCCUUGUUGUCAUUCUUUUUCACCCUAUUAUGUGAACUGGCGACUGGAAAGCAGUAACAAACGCGCCCGCAAGGAAUUGACGUUUUGUCAUACCUCGCGGAUCACUCGUGCAAGAAAUGUGGGAAGUGUGCAACAGCUAAAACGAACUCCGUGCCAAGCAUGAUUUUUUUUUUCUCGCCCGUACUCAUUUUUUUUAAAUAUUUUGAUUACCCGCCUUUGUAUUGUGCAAUGCAGUGCAGGCCUGAGGGAGGAAAAAGAAAAAGACGGCUGCCUCAACUGUGGAAUAGCAGCGAAUGUAAUUGUUAUACCGUUUACAGUGUUUGAAUAUUUUGUAUAUAUCAAUUUUUGCAUUAAACAAUGUGCGAAAGUGUGA